AUGUUCCUUGCUACUCGUCAUAGUGAACAUACUGACUGUUCUAAGCCCGGCAAGGAAUCGUUAGCUGGCAGCCUUCUGCUUGGGGAGCUAUGGAUCAAGAACAAACCCCAGCGAGCCAAACACUCUUGGAUACCAGUCGUGUUUUUCGAAGCCACCGCCAUAAACAGUUUUGAGACCACCUUCCACACAGUUUAUGGAGAUUUCAGACGGACCCAAUCUGACAAUCGGGCCCAGUUUCUUGUGCGCCGCAUGAAUGGUUCGGUUGUUCGUCGCUCUGAAGCGCCUCCAGGCGAAAGCAGACAGCGCAGCCAAGAUGCCGAUAAUCUGAACGUGCGAAAGGGCCAUCUGUCAGGGUUGGCAUUCCUAGCCAAUCAUGGUAUCAGCCCAACAGCUAACGAGAGCUUGCAGCACUACAGCGUGGCCGACUUAUUCUGGCUGUUCAUUGGCCACUCGCAAGCUCCGCCUACAGAUCCCGCAGUGACGUCCGCACUGAUAAGCAUCGAGAAGCAACCAACAUUGUCCGAACAGACAAAUCUCCAGAUACAGGGUCUGAGCUGCAUGCUGAAAAGAAAGCUCACGAGUAAACGAGGGACUUCGAACUCGGCAGCGCAGCGCAGUUCUGGGUUAAGUUCCUCCUGGAGAUCAGAGAGUGGAGGACAACCUGCCAUCGCAAAAUUUGACGGACCUCAAAUCACAGAGAACAUUUCACGGAACAUGCUAGCAGACCUCCCAUCGGAGAUUGUAUAUCAUAUCGCAACGUUUCUGCCGACAGCGAGCUCCCUCACCCACUUGGCACAAACCUGCCAGCGCCUACACAAGAUCAUAGUUGCCGAUGAUCGUAUCUACCGCGCGUUCGUCCGGAACCAAUUCCCGACUCUUCAAGAUGCCCCUCCUUUGUGGAGAGACGUUGCUCAGGCUGUCACCUCACGAUCUCGUGCUCUAGAUCGUUGCGCGGUCCUUGCUCGCUUUGUUGUUCCAUCAGAAGCCACCAAGGUGGUGGGCGUCCGCGAUACUACUAGACACGACCGCCCAACCAUAGGAUACCGGCCAUCACUUGACAGCCAUGAACUGUGGACGGGUGGGCGCUGGCAAGACCGAGAAGAGGUGCUUGCAUGGGGAGCGGCUGCAGAGAUUAUUCUCAAGAUCAGAAGGACGGGAACGCAAGCCCACGAGACUUGGCUACGCUUCAAUGAUUUGGAGCAUGUAAGUAGUCACGACGAUAUCCGUGGUGUCCAUCUAUUGAGACCAGACCACCCCAGCAGUCUGGCUGGGAAGCAGCAUCUGAUCUAUGGACGUGCACGAGGCGAUGUCUCUCACAUUGCCAUCGAUCCUGAAAAUGCUACCUACCAAGUCCAACAAACAUAUAUCACCAAUCAAAUCGAAAUCCAUAGUCUUGAUCUUAGCACAGGAUCCGAACCAAUUCUUGCUGUACAUAGCUUUGAUGGCCAGAUAUCUUUGUACCGAACAACGACGAAGGAUGCGGAGGUUACUUCGUUCGCGAAACUCACAGGCGAAACUGAAGAGGGAACACCCCGCCAUUAUAUCAAGUUUCUUUCUCCAUCCAGAAUCGCCGUCGGCCAUGGAAGAGUGACGGAUACAAUUGUUAUUUCUGACAUGGCUGGAGAUCGCAUCUCAACCCACCGGGAAUUGACAUUCGAUGAUCCAUAUCAUAGAUCAUUGUGGCCGCGUAGAAAAGCACGAGUUGGGGCCAUCGCCCCGCUAGGUGUCGACACAUAUGGUGGGAGAACUGACGGCCAAGUAUUCCUCGCUGGCUGGGGUAAUAGCAGAGUUAGACUCCAUGACCUUCGCUCACCAAAAAUGUUCGAAAGAGAAUACAUAGAUGUGAUGGACAGUAAUCCAAUCUAUUGCAUCCAGCCUAUGGGCGACCGAUUUCUCGUAGGCUCAGGAUCCGAAGCCGUGGUCAAUGUCUUCGAUCUUCGCAUGCAGAAUAGCUACAGCCACCUUGAAGCGAGACCUGCUCUGUCAAAUGGGAAGACUUCACGCAACGAAUUCUCCUUCUUUCUGUCGCAUCAUCCGCCAAAUGUCCCAAGAAGUCGCAACUAUACUACAUACCGUGGCCCCAUCUACACCAUGUCUUCGCCCUCAUCCACUUCCGCAACUGUAUAUACAGGCAUCGUUGACGGCGUAAUACGUCUUGACUUUGGUUCCACAGACGAUCUACUUGACUGCAACAGCAGCAUCUGGUACCAGGAUCACCUGGACUUAGAUUCCAAUGACAUCGCUAAACAUACAUCACGAACGCUUGCACAAAAGCACCGCCCAACAUACAAGGAAAAAGUGCUCGAGCUCUCGGGCUAUGAGAGACCCAGCCCCGAAAAUAAAUCUGCCAGUGCUAAGCUCAGAUCCCAGGUACCCUUUUGGGGCCUGAGCGAAGCUGACGAGAUAAGAGAACGUGAGAGUGGGUGGGAUCGACGCUGGAGACGAUUAGAUGAAAAUCAAUCGUGGAGGUCGAGGGGGAUCUGA